GUGUGUAGAUCGGACUGGAAUCGUCUCUAAUUUGAUCAGUUUAAUCGACCUAAACUGUGCCUAAAACCAAGUGGGUGCUAGUGAUUGGGAAAAUGUUGGUCUGAAGGUGAAAUGGCGGCUUUGACGAGCAACAUGGUUCCCCAACCGCACCACUUCUCCCGACAGAACCUGGAAAGCACCGAUGGUUCCGUCUCCAUGGACUCUAGUGACCAUUUCGACAGAGAAUCCCUAAACAUCGACCACAACAGCUGCUGUAGCGACGACACUGUGCUUUCCGUCGGCAACGAGAACCCACCACCUGAAGACACUCCACUCUCUUUUAAAAAUAUAGAGAGUCACCUAAACGCCAUAUCGCAAAUUACGAACAGUACCUUAGACCCAGAGCGUAAGAGCCCUUCUAGUCCCAGAAUAAGCAGCCCGUCGAGUACAAAGUCCGGUUCGCCCGGAUUCCUAGUUUACACCAAGUCAGACCGCGAUGUGGACUUGUUCCGGGGUUCGUCCACACCGGAGUCGCCCGAAAAUUACUACAACCAGAAGACGCUGCAAGCUAAUAACAACGAUGCAAAUAAUGGCAAUCUCAAGUUUUCGAUAGACAAUAUUUUGAAAGCGGAUUUUGGAAGGAGGAUCACGGAUCCGAUUAAUAUACGAAAGUGCAAGCCGAAGAAGAUUGUGCCGGAAGUUGGGGCUGUUGAAGAGGCCAAAGGACCUGUGGAUUUGAGUAAGAGUGAGGCGGAGAAGAAGACUGAGAGUCAGCCGAUGUUGUGGCCAGCCUGGGUUUACUGCACGAGGUACAGCGAUCGACCUAGUUCAGGACGAAGUCCGCGAACACGGCGAGUCAAGAAACCUGGAGUCAAGCAAGGGGCACCCACUGCCGAGGAAAAACGGCCCAGGACGGCUUUUUCAGGAGCGCAAUUAGCCAGGCUAAAGCACGAAUUUGCUGAAAACCGCUACUUGACUGAAAGGCGGCGGCAGCAACUCAGUGCGGAGUUGGGACUAAACGAGGCCCAGAUCAAAAUCUGGUUUCAGAACAAAAGGGCCAAAAUCAAAAAAGCGUCGGGCCAGAAAAACCCUCUGGCUCUUCAGUUAAUGGCCCAAGGACUGUAUAAUCACUCAACCAUUCCUCUAACGAAAGAGGAGGAAGAAUUACAAGAAAUGCAAGGCACCAAAAGCCCUUCGUAGGGCCGCUUGUUUUUUUCGUGAUAAUUUGAUGCUUCCAGUUGUUUAUUGUGAUUUAUUGUGAUUCGUCCGUGGAUAAGGUCAGAGUGAAAUUCUUUGGAUUUUUACAGUGAUUUGAGAGUUUUUUUACCUUGUCCAAAGACGAAGUCGGGUAAGUUGUCAAUGGUCUACUUAAGAGUUGGGCAACUUUUUGCGGUGAUCUCUCGAGUAUGUUAGCAUUGUUUCUUUAAUUCUACAAUUCUCAGAGCUUCGUGUUACAAAAAAUGUAUUAAUGUACCAUUCAUUUAAACACAAUUGCAAGCUGUGUGGUACUAAAUAACAGUUUUUACAAACAGUGCCAUUAUUGUUUAAAUCGCAUGGGAUCAUAUUCUUGUUUGGUUUUUUCUUGCACGACAACCAAAGACCCGUGCAAAACACGGAAUUUUUGAUCCGACCUUGUACAUAACACACUGUACAAAUUUAUAACUAGGUCUAGUUAUUUAUUGUAUUAGCAAAAUAAUUCGGAAUCGAAAGCAAUAUUUAUUAGGUAAAAAGUUGAAUCUACUGUAUAUUUAAAUGAAACUAUUGUAAAUAUUUAUAUAAUAUUGUCUGUGAGCUGUAGCUUAUUUAUAAUGUAUUCGAUCUAAGUACAUAACAUAGUGAAAAAUAUGUACCUACAAAAAUUGUUUAUAAUUCAAUUGUAAAAUAUAGAUUAUAUAAAAUAAAUAAUAUU